GUCCGAUGGAACUUUUACCCCACGGUUACAUAUGACUGCAUCAUUCGGGGAGGGUGCAGUCUGAGCAGGACACAGGUUGAAUGACAGGGUAAAUAUUGAAAAGCAGUAAUGUGUGAGUCCAGAAGCAGUUGGAUUUCAACAGACUGACGUCCCGCGGCUCCGUUUAGUGAUCUGUCGGUAAAGCAGGGAACAUGGCUGCGCCCACAGCGCCGAGAGGCUCAGCAGCCUCCAGCCCGCCCGGGUUUGAAGGUUUCCCCUUCCCGGUGGCCGGCAGACCUCCAGAGGACAGCUCCGGCAAGGAGCAGGAGCAAGGCGGGGAUGGGAAGAAGAAGAAGCCGUGUAGAGCUUGUACGGACUUCAAAUCGUGGAUGAAGCUGCAGAAACAGACACCGGCUGCUGUACAGGAGACCCCUGCUGCCGAGUCAGAGCCACAGCAAGACCCUCAGUGCCCCCUGGACAGGGAGGAGCUGGGGCGAAACACCUGGUCCUUCCUACACACCAUGGCAGCGUAUUACCCCGAUAAACCCACUUCUAGUCAGCAGCAAGAAAUGGGGCAGUUCAUCAACCUUUUCUCUAAGUUUUACCCCUGUGAUGAGUGUGCAGAAGACCUCAGGAGCAGAUUGAAAACCAAUCAGCCUGACACGAGCAGCCGCAACGCACUCUCCCAGUGGUUCUGCCGCCUUCACAAUGAGACCAACGUCCGUCUGGGAAAGCCAGAGUUCGACUGCUCCCGUGUGGAUGAGCGGUGGAAGGACGGAUGGAAAGAUGGGUCGUGUGACUGAGGGAUUGUGUCCACAUGAUGAGACACAAGAGGGGAAAAAUCCUCCCCUAUGUUCAAAACUACACCAACACAUUUGUUUAUUUCUUUCCUUUUUGGGGGUCAAACUGUUUUGUGGUGUGAAUGAAACAUAUUCAAUGGCUUUUACUGUAUUAUGGAAUAAGAUUAAGGCUGAAUAAUAAACUUUUGAUGUUCCUUAGUUCAAGACAAUUUAAGAAUGAACUGAAUGUGGAAUAAAGUGUAAUUACAGGGGAAGUAAAUUGGUUUUAGAAAACAGUUGCGAGCAUUUUUCUUUGUUACACAUUCCCCUGUUAUUUAAUUUAAUCAGUGAGUCAUUUAGAAAUGACAUCAAACUUUUCCUGUUGUCUUUUGUUACUUUGCUCUUUAGCCUUUUAUAACCCAAAUUCAACAUUGCUGAAUUGUCCUCAUUUGCACAUCACUGUGUAAAUGAUAAGUCGGGCCUACCACAUAAUAUAUGGAGUUACAUGUCAAAAACAGAUGUAUAUUUAUAUUUAUAUGCUUCUAAUUGAUUGUUGUUUUUCAGUUCUAUAUCACCCUCAGUUUGUGUGGCAUGUGAGAUGGUAAAAGCACUGUGUUGUAAUUUAUUUGCAUAAUUUUGUAUUGGAAGGGGCAAUGCUAUAAUUUUCUAAUAAAAGCCAUGAAUAAA